UACUGCACAGCGUCUCCCAGCAGUGAUUAGCUCAUGAGCAACAGGUGUGUCACUCACCUCGCUUGGCACUGCUCCCUGAACCAGCUCCACCUCUCCCCUCUACAGCUGAGCUACACAUUCACAUUCAGACAAUUUGGAAUCACAGCCUAACCAAACAUGCGUGACUUUGAACUGUAGAAGGAAACCGGAAUACCUGGAAAGAAUCCAUGCUGACGCAAGGAGAGCGUGUAAACUCCAUAGAAGAAGGUCCCUGAUGACGAGCACGUUGAAACCAGAUACCCUCUUCCUGUGUGACAGUGUUAACUACUGCAGCACCGUGCUACCCUAGGCUCAUCAGCCAGCAGGGGGAAACUGGCCAGCUGGUGUCAGUGGGUCAGACUCUUUUCUCACACAGCUACUCUUCACAUUCGAAAGGGAACUCAUAUUCACACAGGAAGCCUUUGAACACAUGGAGAGAGAAAGACAACGCCUGCUAUCAGUCACAGCAGACUGUCUGUCGGUUAACUGGCAAGGCAGAAUGUCACGACGGGACCAGAGGUUUCGGCGAGGCACGAAAGGACGGUGUUGUGAAUGUGGCUGUAUUCUGUCUCACUGGUACUAUGAAAGAGAGGGGCAGCUGUAUUGUAAAAAGCACUACUGGUGCCGUUAUGGAGGACACUGCCACGGUUGCAAGGAGACCAUUGCAACAGGACUCAUCAUGGUUGCUGGAGAGCAAAAGUAUCAUCCUGAAUGCUUCACUUGCAUGAGCUGCGAUAUGGUCAUUGGAGACGGAGACACCUACACGCUUAUCGAACGCACCAAGCUCUACUGUGGUCACUGCUAUUGUCAGGGUGCUGUAUCGGAUGUGGAGCCAACUUCUCCAGUUACCAAGAGACCACACAUGGUGGCGCUGGUCUCUUUCCCUCCACAUGCAGUCGGACAGCGAGGCCUGAGUGUAGUUAUUGAUUUCAGCAAAGACAAAAGUCCUCUUGUCACUGUGACAGAGCUGGACUCAUCAGUCCUCAGCCCUGACUUGCUGUCCUCUGUCCACACUGGUGAUCAAGUACUGGAGGUCAACGGCAUCCCAGUGCGCAAUAUUUCUCCAGAGGAGAUAAACCGUGUAAUCCAGGACACAAGCAGACCACUGCAGCUGACCAUUGAGCACAACCCACAGGCACCUCAUGACCUCUUUCACUCGGACAGUCCCUCGGAUAACAUCUCCUGUCCUGAGCCCCCUGUCCGCAACAAACUAUCUUCAACCCAGAAACUCCCAAGUCUGGAGGAAGAGCCAAGUCCCAGAGAAGAACCAGAUGAGCAAAAUGAACAAAUUAGGAUGAGACUCUCACCAUCUCAGCACCAAGGGACCCCAGGAAUCCGGUCCAGAAACAUUUCGCGCAGCUGCAGUAUAGAUAAGUGCCCCCUGUCUCCUGGAAUGCUGUCGCUUUUAUCUCAAAAAAAAGAAAUGGUUCGGUCAGAGUCUCUUCGAGUAGAUCCAGGAGACCGGACGCACCGUAUCUUCAGACCUUCAGACCUCAUCCACGGAGAAGUGCUGGGCAAGGGCUGCUUUGGACAGGCUGUCAAGGUAACACAUCAGGAGACUGGGGAGGUCAUGGUGAUGAAAGAGUUGAUACGCUUCGACGAAGAGACUCAGAAGACUUUUUUAAAGGAGGUAAAGGUGAUGCGCUGUUUGGACCAUCCCAAUGUUCUCAAGUUCAUUGGGUUGUUUUAUAAGGACAAGCGAAUACAUUUUGUCUCUGAAUACAUCCAGGGAGGAACUCUUCGAGAGACUAUCAUAAAAAUGGACAAGGAUUUUCCCUGGAAAAUUAGAGUUGGGUAUGCUAAAGACAUUGCAGCUGGAAUGGCUUAUCUUCACUCCAUGAAUGUUAUCCACCGAGAUCUAAACUCAUACAACUGCCUGGUCAGAGAGAACCAGUCUGUGGUGGUGGCAGAUUUUGGACUAGCCAGGUUGGUAAUGGAGGAGAGAAACCAGAGCAGAACAUCUUCGCUUGAACGUCCUGCAAAGGGGACGCUGUCAGAGCUCCGCAAGCCUGAUCGCAGGAAGCGGUAUACUGUGGUAGGAAACCCCUACUGGAUGGCACCUGAGAUGAUCCACGGGAAAACCUAUGAUGAACGGGUAGACAUCUUUUCCUUUGGCAUCAUGAUAUGCGAGAUAAUAGGGAGGGUGAGUGCAGAUCCUGACUACCUUCCAAGAAGAAAUGACUUUGGGCUGAAUGUGGCAGGUUUCCUGCAGCAGUACCACCCUCCACAGUGCCCCUCUGCCUUCAUGCCACUGGCUGUUCUCUGCUGUGACAUGGACGCUGAUAAACGUCCAUCCUUUUUGAAGCUGGAGGAGUGGCUGGAGAACCUGCUGAUGCACCUGGAUAUUGGUCUGCCUCUGCUCUCUGAGUUAGAGCAGCUCUGCAAAGCUUUUUGGCAGAAUAAUAACCACCAAUGCUCUGAAAACACAAAUAACCACACUGAGCCGAAUCAAUUUACUGAAAACAAAGACCAAAAUGGCAGACUUGACAGCCACACAAACCACGAGCAAAACGCUCAGGCUGACCUUACUGUGAGGACUGGGUCAGAGGGUAGAAAGCAGUCGUGCUGCAGGUCGAUAAGCACAGACCCAUGCAAUAAUGGCUCUGAAACCUAUGAACACAGUAACCCUGCAGAACAACUAGGAGCCCGGCGUGAGCAGUCACGACCAGUACCAGAGCAGUUAAACAGGUCCAGGAGGAUAUACAAAGCAUUGUGGGACACAUCUACAGAGGAUGGCUCAUUUCUUUGAUUGAUGACCAAGACGGGACACAUCUACAAAGCACAGUGUUAAAGGAAUAAGACAGUUUGUGGAGACAUUUGUGACUUUUCAGUCAAGUAAAUUAGUCAUGAAACUGCAUUUGUGAGAGGAAUAUGUAAAUGCAGAAUCAUGCAAGAUAUUCAACAUGCGAAGCAGUAAAUAUUUGUAUGUUGCCCACAUUGGUCUCAUACUCCACUGUGAACCAGUAUUUAUGUGAUUGCAGCUAGAGCCCAGCUGACACUGAGCAUAGCAAAUA